AUGGACUCUCCGAAAUCAUCUCCUGCGUCUCGAUGUCCAAACAUCAGAUGUUAUUCUGGUCAAGCAGACAUCAACUCAUCAGGCAUUUUUUCAUCAAGCAGUGGCUCGGUAACAGGCACUGGUACGGGAGGACGCACGGGUUCGGCAGCAUACAAUGGUUCUGCUGCAAGCAGUCCAGCAGGCAACGCAUCAAGCGACGGUCUGGAGGGUUUGAACGAGGAGCAGCGAGCAGCGGUGGUGGCAUCUCCGGACGGCUGUGUGCGCGUGGUGGCUGGUCCUGGGUCCGGCAAGACCCGCGUGCUUACCCACCGUGUCGUGAACCUGAUCAAGAACCUCGGGGUUCACCCCCGGAAGAUACUGUGCAUCACCUUCACCAACAGAGCAGCCAAUGAGCUUGUGACACGUCUCCAGGUCCUCCUCUCUCCAGAGGCUGCUGCAGCCGUCCAUGUGGGGACCUUUCAUGGCAUUGCAGCUCGCAUUCUCAGGCACGAGAUGCUUCCAUCACUGCGCAAUCGGAGAUGCUACCGGGACUACACCAUUUACGAUGAGGAUGACUCGCUGCGAGUGAUUAAGGAGAUUGAUAAACAGGAGAAAGAAAGACUUGCUAAGAUCAGCCCAUAUCAGCCAGGAAAAUCCAGUUCAGCAGCAGCAGCAGCAGGAGGAGCAGCAGGAGCCAAUACAGACGGCCUAUACGAGGCCAUGUCGCACCUCUCUCUCCAAUCAGGCAACGCCACGUCAGCAGCACAGGCAGCGGUGGCAGAAGUUUUAGGGGAUGCGGGGGGUGGGGGGGUGGGCGGAGAUGGGGUAGAUGGGGAUAAGGAGGGAAACCGGUUGAAAAAUAUAAGGGAUGCGGUGUUGAGGUAUAAGGAGGGGGGGAUGAAAGAGGACAUGAGGGGGAGAGUGGGGGAGAGGAGGAGAGGCAGGUUCGAAGGGGAGUUGAGCAUAGGAGGCUCCAUUCCCAGAUACGCCAAGUUGUACGAGGACGAGCUGAGGCGCAGCAACGCGUUGGAUUUUGACGACCUCACACACUUCCUCCUCGACCUGUUCCACUCUCAGCCCCACGUUCUCCAAAAAUACCAGGAGCGCUUUCAGCAUGUGCUGGUGGACGAGUUUCAGGACACGGAUUCGUUCCAGUACGAGAUAGUGCGGCUACUGACACUCAACUCCAAGCGCCUGUUUGUUGUGGGAGACAUUGACCAGUGCAUCUACUCCUGGCGGGGAGCAGAGUACCACUACCUGCAGCGGCUUUUAGAUGAAGACUUUGAUCAUGUCACCACGCUGCAGCUUCGCAGCAACUACAGGUCAUCCCAAAGCAUUCUACAGGCAGCAAACCGAGUGAUUCAGGGAGGACCCAGGGACAGGCGCGUUGGGGGAGGCACACUGGAGCUAAAACCCACCAAGCCCCCAGGCCAUCCGGUGUUCUUCUCCUUCUUUCCAUCAUGUGCCAGUGAAGCCGCAACGAUUGCAGAGGAGAUAGAGAGUCUCGUCGACCCUGCUGAGCUGUCCCCCUGGCGGGGGCAAGCAGGGGCGAGGGGAGUGGGGGGGGUUGGGGGAGGGGAGGGGCGAGGGCAGGGGGAAGAGGAUGGGCUGGGUGUUGCGCGGUCUUACAAAGUUUACCCUUCAGGGGAUUCUGUUGUUUUCCCAUCCAUAGGCUUGGGGGCCAAGUCAUGGGCAGCAGUGCAGCAGUGGGCUCAGGGCCUCGACUCCCCUGCGGGCACUGCAAUCCUGGAACUAGCAUUGGGAAAGCAUACCGACAACCCUCCUCCCGUUUCCAAGAAAGCCAGGGAGAAUCUCCUCAGCUUCGCUCACCUCAUCCUCUCCUUCCGCCGUGCAGUAGGCACAGUUGACGACGCCGAUUCAAGCCUGGGCUCGUCGAAUCCGAGUGACUCGAGUCAGAGUGCGAACACGGGUGGGACAAAGGAGCUGCCUCAUGCCGGAGGGCUGCUGGGGACGAUAGUUGACGUGCUUGGGUUGAAGCAGGAGUACAGCCCGGCAGCAGCAGCAGCGGCAGCAGCAAAGAGCCGGUCCCCCAACCCUGCUGCGUUGAGGCAGCGGUAUGAGGAGGAGGGGAAGAGAGCUCUCGACCAGAUGGAACGACUGCAGGACCUAGCUAACAGGUUCGGCCCGAGCUGUGGAGUUGGUAUGGAGGGAGUGCGGAACUUUCUGGAGCAGAUCGCACUGCUUUCAGGGGAGAUUCACGAGUCUGGGGGCAAGGAGGCACAGCUGUCAGCCAAUGCCGUACGGCUGAUGACCAUUCACAAGGCCAAGGGGCUGGAGUUCCCUGUGGUCUUCCUGACAGGCCUGGAGAAUCGAAUCCUGCCGCUGAUUCAGCCGAGGGGGCGUGAGGAGGAGAGGCCUGGGUGGGAGAGGGUUACUAUAGGGAAGGGGAAUAAGCAUUCCCACCAUCAUAAACAACAACAGCAUCAUCAUCAUUCUCAUCAGCAGCAGCAGGUUAUGAGGAGAGGAGACACUAGGGUACAGAGUGGGGGGGCGGAGAAGGACAUUAUGUUUGACGAGGAGGAGAGGAGACUUUGCUACGUGGCAAUGACCCGCGCUCAAGAUCGACUGUACUUGAGUGGUGCACAGCAGCGCAAAUUGUAUAGGGAAACCUUGCAAUCAUUGGAGCCGUCUGUCUUCCUUAACGCGCUGAACCAGGGAGAGACUCAGCGAAUGGCGGGCGUUACGGAUGCAGAAACAGGGAAUCGGUCGCGAGAAGCUGCGGAGAUGGGGUCAAAGCGGGAAAAGGCGUCAAAGAAGAAGGAGGAGAGGAAGCUGAAAAAAGCCGCGCUGAAUGGUGGAUCGGAUGAAGCAGUGGCGAGCGUUGCGACUGCAGAAGCGGGAAAACAGUCGCAGUCACCAGAGAAGGGAGAUAUGGAGGAGGGUAAUCGGGAGAAGGGCGAUCUGAAGAAAGGGUCAAAGCUAGAGAAGGGAGCAAAGCUUGAGAAGGAGUCAAAUCGCAAGGAAUGCGCUGAGGCUGCUGCAGCAGAGGAACAGUCAAAGCGGAAAAAGGGGUCAAAGCGGGAGAGGGAGUCAAAAGGGGGUAAGGGAUCGCAACGGAAGAAGGCAUUGAGUAGCGGCGGUAAUGCUGAUGAGGCAGCGACAGACGGUCAGGAUUCAGCAGCAGGUGCCAAGGAGGCAGCAGUGGAGGCAGAGGGUCGAGGUGAGGGGUCUAAGCGGGGGAAGAAGGGGUCAAAGCGGAAGAGAUCUGCGAGAGGCGACGUGGACGCUAGCAGCGGCGGGGACGAGGCAUUGACAGGUGUUGAGGCUGCAGCAGAGGCGGAGCAGUCACUUGGGAAGGAAAAAAGGAAGAAGACGAAGCGGAAAGGAGCUGUGUGUGAUGGGUCUGCUAGUGAGGCAGCUGGAGGUGCUACGGUUGCAGCAGAAGCGGAGCAAUCACCUAAGAAAACGAAAAAGAAAAAGAAGAAGCAGAAGCUGGCUGUGCAUGAGGAGGCGAAUGAGGCAGCCAAUGAGGCAGCUGCCGGUGAUAAGACUGCAGCAGAAGCGGAGGAAUCACGUGUGAAAAGGAAGAAAAAUAAGUCAAAGCUGAAAGGAGCUGUGGACAACGGGGUUGUUAGUGAGGCAGUGACAGGCGCUGGCGUUUCAGCAGAGGCGUUGCAAGCACAUGGGACGAAGGAAGAGAAGAAGUCAAAACGGAAACGGACUGAUGAUGGCGCUGCCAGUGAGGCUGCUGCAUGUGAUAGUGCAGCAGCAGAAGCAGACCAAUCGCGCGUGGGGAAGAAGAAAAAGAAGAAGCCGAAGCGGGAACGAGUUGCGAGCGAUGGGGGGAAGGAGGAAGAGACUGGUGCUGAGUUUGCAGAGGAAAUUGCUCAGGAGCAUGAUGCAUCAUUAGCAGGUGGUACUGAGGUGGCAGCAGCAGAGGAAGGGUAUCAGGUGAAAGGGGGAAAAGGGGAGUCAAAGCAAGAAAAGGGGUCAAAUCGGGAGAAGACAAAACGGAAGAGAGGGGAAAACGGUAACGAGGAGACCAGCAGCAUCGGGAAUGGUGCAGCGGCAACGGAAGGGGCUGGGAUUGCAGCGGCAGGGGAGCAGCCACGAGUGAGUGGGUCGAAGCGGGAGAAGAAUGCAGAACGGAAGAGAGCUUUGGGCAGUAACAGCGAUGAGAACGGUAGCUGGAGUGGUGGAGUGGCAGCAAAAAGGGUGGGGGUUGCGGUAGCAGAGGAAGAGCAACCAUUGGUGAAGGGAUUGAAACGGAGAAGAUUUUCAGUCCUCAGCGAAAGAAUAGGCUCUUUGAAGACAUCAAGUGACGCUUUUCAAGGGCUAUACAAAGGAGCUGAUAUUCUCUUGUUACGAUAUUUAUUUCCCAAACCCGAAGACAUCAGUCUGGAGACAUUAAUCCCGGUAAAAGAACGAGAUUCUAUACCUCGCCCGUCCUCGAUAGCCGAGCUUGAAUCAUCAACAGAUGCAAAAACCUCAGCAUCCAGGCGCACUCCCGUCCCCAUGUUCAAUUCCAUAUUCUCCGCUCUUCUUUAUUGUUUCGUGGGACUCGCCAUGGGUUUCAUAAACAAGGCCGUUUUGAUGCAAUGGCCGUACUCAAACUCUCUUCUCAUGCUCCAAAUGGCCGCAUCUGUGGUGAUCGUGUAUACUCUGGGCUGUAUAGGCCUAAUCGAAGUCCGACCAUUCGAUUGGGGUUCGGCGAGAUCGCUUUCCGGGGUAGUGUUCUUUUACAACGCCAACGUCGCUUUCGCGUUGGCAGCUGUUGAAGCUCUGAGCAUCCCAGUGUACCACGUGCUGAAGCGACUAACCCCUGUCAUGGUCCUCUGCGCGAAAUACUUGAUCGGAGAUGGCUCCCCACCUCUUGAGGUCUGCAUGUCAGUGCUCGCCGUUGUUUCAG